AUACUGUUGAACGACUUUGACAGUUGUUGUUCACCAAUAUCGAAAGUUCUCAAAACUUUAUAGUGCACACAAGUUAAACACGUACUAUGUAACUGAGAAUAAAUGUAAGUGCUAAAUUUCUUAGCCCAAUAUCAAAUCGUCCUAAGAAACAUCAAUUCCUUGCAUUCUGUUGUUGCUAACCUCAAUCGCACAAAACAGCAAUGAGCAACCGCAACAGAAAUCCGGGCCCGUUGCCCGCCCGCUGGUUGCACUGUCCCCGAAAGUCGUUCACGUUGAUUGCGGACAAAUUUCUGGCCCUCAAGACUCCACUGGACAGCCGGUUCGACGAUCAGGUACCAAUCGAUUGUAGAUUUCCCCCGAAAAUGCUGUUCGAUUCGUGCAAAUCGAAAAAAAUCAACAUAGGACUGUGGAUAGAUCUCACCAACACCGACAGGUUCUACGACCGGAACGAGGUGGAGGAAAUGGGGGCCAAGUACCACAAGUUGCAGUGCCGGGGCCAUGGUGAGACGCCGUCGCGUGAACAAACUGAUUUCUUCAUCAAAUUGGUGCACAAUUUCAUAAGCAAGUUUCCAUUGAAAACGAUAGCGGUGCAUUGUACGCACGGCUUUAACAGGACGGGUUUCCUAAUUGUGUCCUAUUUGGUGGAGAGAAUGGACUGUAGUUUAGACAUUGCCAUGGACAUGUUCGCCAGAGCUAGGCCUGUAGGUAUAUAUAAAGGGGAUUACAUAGAAGAAUUGUACAAACGAUAUGACAGUAUCGAAGACAUGCCUCCACCUCCUAACUUACCAAGCUGGCACACCGAAAGUGAUGACACAGCAGAUUACACCCCCUCAACUUCUCAGGAGGACAACUCAGGAGGCAGAAGCAGAGGUAAGUUUGGCAAAGAGGUCAGCUUCAUGAAAGGCGUGCCAGGAGUUUUCCACGUUACGGACAGGCAAAAAGCCUUCUACUUACAAAAGAAGAUACAAAACAUGUGCAAGUGGGGCAACAAGAACUUCCCAGGCAGUCAGCCUGUGUCAAUGGACCAGCAAAACAUGACUUUAUUAGGAAUAAAGCCCUACCGAGUGUCGUGGAAGGCGGACGGCAUGCGAUAUAUGAUGUUAAUCGACGGAGAGGACCAAGUUUAUUUCUUUGAUAGGGACAACAACGUUUUUAAAGUCGAGAGGAUGCGGUUUUUGCAUCUGAAAGAUCUCAGGACUCAUCUCACAAACACUCUGUUGGAUGGGGAAAUGGUGAUUGACACCGUAAAUGGAGAAGAAAUACCCCGUUAUUUGGUUUACGACAUAGUCAGAUUUGAUGACAAGGAUGUGGGUAAGCUGCCCUUCUAUCCCAUACGUCAGCAGUGCAUAGAAAAUGAAAUAAUUAAGCCACGUUAUAUUGCCAUUCAGAAGGGCAUCAUCAACAAAAAUGCGGAGCCCUUCAGUGUGCGGAAGAAGGAAUUCUGGCCCAUUACACAGGCGCACCAGUUGCUGGGUGAAAAGUUUGCGAGGACUUUGAGCCACGAGCCGGACGGUUUGAUUUUCCAGCCAUCGAAUGAGCCCUAUGUGGCGGGCACGUGUCCUGAUGUUCUGAAAUGGAAGCCGUUGGAGUUGAAUUCAAUAGACUUCAGGUUGAAGAUAGCCAAGCAGGAGGGACAGGGGAUAAUAUCGACGAAAGUUGGUUAUUUAUUUGUCGGACAGCUCGACAGACCGUUCGGCUUCAUGAAGUGGACCAAAGCAAUUAAAAAUUUGGAUAAUAAAAUCAUUGAGUGCAAGUACGAGAAUGGAGAGUGGAAAUUCAUGAGAGAGAGGACUGACAAGUCAUUUCCUAACAGCUACAAAACAGCUGAAGCUGUUAUGGAAAGUAUUAAGAAUCCAGUGACCAAGGAGUUACUGUUUGACUAUAUUCACAGAUGUAGGUUCGACGACGACAGCGAAAUAAUGCCACCGCCUUCCAAAAGGAUACACAGAUGAUCUGCAACUCGUUUCUUAUCGAGAGAAUCGUAUUUUUAUAUUGCAUUGGGUGAUGUGAAACGAAAAUAAAUUAUGGUUAACGUUUAAAACUAGGAAAUCAAUUAACCCAAUUCCUCUGUUCCUGUUUUAUUUUGACAUUAUGUAUUUAAUAACUAUUAUAUUGUUUUCUGUUUCAUAAAAUUUAAUAAACCGACGAAAAUAAAUCACAAA